UCUGCACGUGGAUGACUCAUUCUCAGGUGCAGGCUCUCAAAUGCCAUGUCAUACAACUUCGGAUGACUCGAGCUGAAUGGGAGAGGACCUCUUUAGUCCUCCACGACCAGCAAUGCCGGCGCAGUUUUCAACACCGGCACGGGGAGACAGAGUGAGCAAUCGUGGGCAUGUGAAUGGAGGUUUGGAGACCCCAAAUUCAUAUUUGCCUUACACAGGUGGCCAUGGCCCGAACAUAGCGAGCUGGGUCAUGAUGCAAUCUCCAGUGUCCCGCAGCCCACCGACCUGCGGUGGCCAUGCGAGCAGAUGCCCGCUACCUUCAAUGGCUGGCAUGGACGAGGGAGUUGUGGGUACUUCUACAGAAGCACGGGACAACCAAACAGACAAGGACAAUGCAAGUCAUCACGGCGGCCAGCAGGAGCCCAUUGGCUGGGAGCACGAAGUGGAUGCAGAAGCACCUCAUACGGGAGAUGCAUGCACUGCUGCGCGUGGGAGUAAAGGUGGUAAGAAGAGUCGUGGCUCUACUUGGGACAGAGCCCUGACAACUGCACUCUGCGAAGCCUUGCGAAAUGAAGCUGCCAAAAUUGCUCUCGACCCAGAAUGGGGCAAAUUUGACACUUGGCAAGUUCGGUUUCAGUAUAUUGCGGAUGAUGUCAAGAAGUAUAGCGGCAGGGGGGACAAAGAUGGGAAGUCCUGCAAGACGAAAUGGCGGGAGCUAUCACGUCAGUACCGGAAGAUUUUCGACCGGAAGAAUAGGUCAGGGGAGGAGUGCUACUGGUCAAUGUCAGGUGAACGGCGCGAGGAGCUCAGCCUCCCUGUAAACUUUGACAAGGAUAAUUACGACAUCCUUGACUCGUUCAUGAAGAAAAAAAAGUCUGUGGCAGGUAGGCGAGUUAUUGAUUCUGACCAACCACAUGAGUUCGGUCAACGAUCUGCGGCGGGAGGAGACACAGUCCAAUCUGCAUCAAGGGGAGGAGACACAGUCCCUUGGCCGCGGCCUGGACAAAUUCCUACUAGUUGUUCCUCUAUGGGUCGACGUGGCAGGGAGGACUCGGAUGAUGGACCGAGGAAGCGUGUGUCGAAUUCCAAAGGGAUGCUGGAGUUGUCAAAAGCUCUUGCCAGCAACACAUAUCGUAUAGCAGAGGGUGUUGAGAAGCAGGCCAGCGAUGGUGAGAGACAAGUGAAAGUGUUGGAGAAGAUGGUGGAGCUCGAUGAACGCCGCUUGGACAUGGAAAAUCGUCGCCUGGAGAUUGAAGACCGGGGUGCUGAUGCAGACAUAGCAAACACUGGGAGGUUGAUUGAUGUGUUCGCUAAGUUGGCAGAAAAGCUUUGCCCGGACCACGGAAAAUCGCCCAUGGAUGAGGAGCUGGAGAAACAUGACCAGGAAACGGCGAAGAGGUUGUCUGCGCUGAACCUCCAGCCUCACCAUAGCUGCCCCCUGCACUCUUGAAUGCUGGUGCGUUGAGCUCCUUCGUAGUAGCGUGCACAAUCACUUCAGAGUAGUGGAGUAGUGGAAUGGCAUGCCCACACGCCCACGGCUUAUGUGUCAUGGAGUGUUGUCCAGAACGUGUCUCUAUGUUGCCGCGGGACCCUCCAACCCAUUACGAGUGCAGGCCCAGCGCAGAAGAGAAGAAAACAGGGCUUGAAUCAGGACGCGAUUGCGGGCGGGUGCACAAAAUGGCGCUACCUACCUUUUUCCUGACUUUUUGCACGUGGUGACGUGCACAAGUCCGUGAACGCGUCCGGAUUCGAGUGUCGAGCGCAUUCCCGUUACCUGUCGGGACUGGGCGUUAUGGAAGUAGGCCCGGUCCGCAACAAAAUCGCGCUACCUAC